AUGGCUGAUAAAGUGAAUAGUCCUAUUGUAAAGGACUCACAGCUGCUGAUACCUAAGAGUUUGACAGCACGUCCAUACACUCUACCAUUCUUUCCAUUGUAUGCUACAUUUGCUCAGAUUUAUUUCCAACAGUAUGAUACUUACAUUAAGGGCCCAGAAUGGACUUUCGUCUAUUUGGGUACAAUUGUCAGUUUGAAUAUUUUGGUUCUGUUACUUCCAGAAUGGAAUAUUCAACUUGCUGCUAAGUUUAAGUAUAACAAGGUUGAUAACAUUAAUGAAGCUACACACAUUUUGAUAAAUACCACCCCAAACAAUGGUUCCUCUGAUAUUGUUAAAAUUGAACGCGCUAAUGAAAUGGGUGAAUUGCAAACUUUUUUCCAAUUCCAAAAGAAAAGAUUCUUGUGGCAUGAAGAUGAACAACAAUUCUCUUCACCCAAGUUUUUGAUAGAUGGAACUCCGAAGAUCAGUGAAUUUCAAAAUUUCAAAGGUCAUAAAGGUGAUUUGACCCAUUUGAGAAGACUUUAUGGUAACAACGAGUUUGACAUCCCAAUUCCAACUUUCUUGGAGUUGUUCAAGGAACAUGCAGUUGCUCCUCUUUUUGUCUUUCAGGUUUUCUGUGUUGCAUUGUGGCUUUUGGAUGAAUACUGGUAUCUAUCUUUAUUCAAUUUGUUCAUGAUCCUAUCCAUGGAAGCAGCCUCUGUGUUCCAGCGUUUAACCGCAUUGAAGGAGUUUAGAACAAUGGGUGUUAAACCUUAUGCGAUCAAUGUCUUGAGAGAUGGUAAAUGGGUGGAAAUGCAAACGAAUGAAUUAUUGCCCAUGGAUGUCGUUUCCGUUGUGAGAACAGCAGAGGAUAGUGCUCUUCCUUGUGAUUUGAUCUUGGUUGAUGGUACAUGUAUUGUUAACGAGGCUAUGUUGUCAGGUGAAUCUACUCCGUUGUUGAAGGAAUCUAUUAGAUUGCGCCCUGGUAAUGAAGAGCUACAAAUCGAAGGAACUGAUAAAAUUUCCGUUCUACAUGGAGGUACAAAGGUUUUGCAAGUGACUACACCAGAAAAAACCGGCAAGGUCCCAUCUCCACCUGAUGGAGGUGCUAUUGCUAUCGUCACCAAAACUGGUUUCGAAACUUCCCAAGGUUCUUUGGUUCGUGUUAUGAUUUAUUCUUCGGAGCGCGUUGGUGUUGACAAUAAAGAGGCUCUAUACUUCAUUUUGUUCUUGUUGAUUUUUGCUGUUGUUGCAUCAUGGUAUGUCUGGGUUGAAGGUACAAAGAUGGGUAGGGUACAAUCCAAAUUGAUCUUAGAUUGUAUCCUGAUUAUCACCUCUGUUGUUCCACCUGAGUUGCCAAUGGAACUGACUAUGGCUGUCAACAGUUCUUUGUCGGCAUUGAGCAAAUUUUAUGUUUACUGUACUGAACCAUUCAGAAUCCCAUUUGCAGGUAGAAUUGAUGUUUGUUGUUUUGAUAAGACCGGUACCUUAACUGGUGAAGAUCUGGUAUUUGAAGGAUUAGCUGGGUUAUCAAGUGAUCCAAAGGAUAUUCGUCAUUUAUAUUCUGCCACUGACUGUCCUAACUCAACUUCGCUGGUUGUUGGUGCUGCUCAUGCCCUUGUUAGACUUGAAGAUGGUGAAAUUGUUGGUGAUCCUAUGGAAAAGGCUACUUUGAAGGCUUUGAAAUGGACUGUUGAGAAAGGUGAUAAGGUAUUUAAUGAAAAAAAUGGCCAAGUUACAAUUUUGCGUCGUUUCCAAUUUUCCUCUGCUCUAAAAAGAUCAUCAUCUGUUGCUACUCAUGAUGGUAAACUUUACUCUGCUGUUAAAGGUGCUCCGGAAACAAUCAGGGAAAGACUUUUCACUAUCCCUGCUAAUUAUGAUGAGAUUUAUAAGUCCUUUACACGUUCUGGUUCUAGAGUUCUAGCUCUCGCUUCCAAGAAGCUUGAGAAAAUGUCUCAGUCACAAAUUGAAGAUGCUGACAGAGAGCACUUCGAAAGAGAUCUGGAAUUUAACGGUUUCUUAAUCUUCCAUUGUCCAUUAAAACAUGACGCCAUUGAGACUAUUCAAAUGUUGAAUGAAUCUGCACAUCGUUGUGUCAUGAUUACCGGUGAUAACCCAUUAACCGCUGUUCAUGUAGCAAAGGAGGUAGGAAUUGUUAAGGGUGAAACUCUGAUAGUGGAUAUGGUUGAUAAUGGUAAUGAUGACAAACUUGUUUUCAGAAAUGUUGAAGAGACAUUGAGUUUCGAAUUUGUUGUUAGUAAGGAUUCCUUUGAAAAGUAUGGUAUAUUUGACAAAUACGAUCUUGCGGUAACCGGGCAUGCUCUAGAGGCAUUAAAAGGACACCACCAACUGCAAGAUUUGAUUCGUCAUGCUUGGAUUUAUGCUCGUGUUUCUCCAGCACAAAAGGAAUUUAUUUUGAACAAUUUGAAGGAUAUGGGAUACCAAACGUUAAUGUGUGGUGACGGUACUAAUGAUGUUGGUGCUUUGAAGCAAGCUCACGUUGGUGUAGCAUUGUUAAAUGGUACUGAAGAAGGUUUAAAAAAAGUCGCCGAACAACGUAGACUAGAUAGUAUGAAGGAAAUAUAUGACAAACAGACCGCUUUCUUGGCUAGAUGGGGUAAACCUCCAGCACCAGUUCCAGAAAACAUUGCCCAUUUGUAUCCUCCUGGUCCUUCAAAUCCUCAUUAUCUAACUGCCCUAGAGAAGAAGGGCACAGUCAUUACUCCUGAAAUUAGAAAGAUGGUUACUGAAGCUAAUAAUAAGCCUGUGGAAAUCGCUGCACCAAGUACAGAAAAACCAGCAGCAAACGACCUAGCUAGUAUGAUCUUGAGUGGGGCUAGCGAAAGUCAAGAAGAUGGAGAGACUCCUACCUUGAAACUUGGUGAUGCAUCUUGUGCUGCUCCAUUUACCUCAAAAUUAGCUAAUGUUUCUGCUGUUACAAAUAUCAUUCGUCAAGGUCGUUGUGCUCUAGUUAACACAAUCCAAAUGUACAAAAUUCUAGCCUUGAACUGUUUGAUUAGCGCAUAUUCUUUAUCUAUUAUUUACAUGGCUGGUGUUAAAUUUGGUGAUGGUCAGGCUACAACAUCAGGUCUACUUUUGUCUGUGUGCUUCUUAAGUAUAUCUCGUGGUAAACCGCUACAAAAAUUAUCGAAGGCUAGACCUCAGGCUGGUAUUUUCAAUGUUUAUAUUAUGGGAUCUAUCCUUUCUCAAUUUGUUGUUCAUAUUGGUACUUUGAUUUAUCUCACCAAUGAAAUCUAUAGAUUGGAGCCAAGAGAACCUCAAGUUGAUUUGGAAAAAGAAUUUGCUCCAUCAUUGUUGAAUACCGGUAUAUUCAUUAUCCAAUUAGUGCAGCAAGUUUCAACUUUUGCUGUAAAUUAUCAAGGUGAACCAUUCAGAGAAAAUAUUAGAAGUAAUAAGGGUAUGUAUUAUGGUUUAUUGGGUGUUACAGGACUAGCUCUUGCCAGUGCUACUGAAUUCAUUCCUGAAUUAAAUGAAGCCAUGAAGUUUGUUCCAAUGGAAGAUGACUUUAAGAUGAAACUAACUAUUACGUUGUUUGUUGACUUUUUUGGUUGCUGGGGUGCAGAACACUUCUUCAAAUUUUUCUUCAUGGAUGAUACACCUGCUGAUAUAACUGAAGAAAAGGUUAGAAUUCAAGAGAAAAACUAA